GCAAAGACCACGGUCUCCCUGAACCUCUCUCUCGAUCUCUCUUUAGGCUGUUUGGACCAUCCGACGUCAGAAUCAUCAUGAGUGCUCGAUACGGCGCGCCAGAACCGCUUGGACACGGAGGUGCUCGCCUCCAUCCUGUCACGCUCCCGUUGCUCCGAGUGAACCGAGGAGAAGAGGGGUAAACGCAGCACCUCCGAUCAAAGCGCAUCCCCACAGACGCCCAUCCUACUUAUAGCCCAACUAAUCCAAUCUUACCAAACCACUCGCACACCUCCUCCGUCCACCAACAUGCCCUCUGGCAAACGCAUAGUCGUAACCGGCGGCUCCGGCCAAGUCGGCCAGCACGUCAUCGCAACCCUCCUCGCCCACGGCCACGACAUCCUCAACCUCGACCUCGCCCCUCUCCCCGCUCACCUCUCCUCGCGCGUCCACACCCUCCGCACAGACCUCACCGACUCGGGCCAGGUCCACUCAGCGCUGACCUCGCGCUUCCACCCAACCUGCCCCUUCGAUCCCGCCCGCGAACCGCUCAACGCGAUCCCCGACGCAGUCAUCCACCUGGCCGGGUACCCGCGCGGGAUGAUUGUUCCGGACGGCGAGAUGUAUCGCACGAAUACACAGAGCGGCUAUAAUGUGAUCGAAGCGGCGUGCCGGCUGGGGGUGAAGAAGAUCCUCGUCGCGAGCACGGUCUGUGUGUACGGGCCGCCCUACGCCGAAGGCGCGAUCGAUUUCCCUUCUUUCCCCGUGACGGAAGAAGUCGACGCGGAUCCGAUGGACAUCUACGCGAUCUCAAAGGUCUGCGUCGAGCGCACGGCGCGCGGGCUCGCGAAGCGCUUCGCGGCGUUCGGGGUGGAUGUUUACGUCUUCCGCAUCGCGGCGGUCAUCGAGCCCGGCGAGUAUAAGCGGUUUUUCGAGAGCUGGGGCGCGGACCCAGUCGACCAUAAGGCUGUGGGCUGGAGUUAUACGGACGCGAGGGAUUUCGGGAAGAUGUGUCAUCUGGCGGUGCUGAAGGAUGGGCUGGGGUUUCAGAUUUUCAAUGCGACGAAUGAUGAGAUUACGGUGCAGACGGAUUUGACGAGUACGCAGUUUUUGAACAAGGCUGCUCCGGGGGUGCCGUUUACGAGGGAGAUGGGAGACGAUGAAGCGCCGUUGACGAAUCGCAAGGCGAGGGAGUUGCUGGGGUUUGAGCAGGAUCAUUCGUGGCGGAUGAAUCAAUCAAAGGUCCGCAGAAACCAAUUCCUCAACGUCCCCGGGGAAUCCCCCUCUCCCUCCCCAUAUUCACCAAUCGGCCUCUCCACAACCAAACUCCCGUGCUCAAGAAUAAACGCCAACAUCCACCGAUCCAUACGAAACGACUCAUCAAUCGACCGUCUACACGCAUUAUGAAACACCUGCAGCCUCGAGAGCGCAACAUCCAGCGUAACCCAGAACGUCUGGAGCUCGGUGAGGAUCUCAAAGUUCUGCGCGAGGCGGCGGCGCGCGAGCUGUGUUUUCGCUUCAUCGUCUUCGCUAAACAGAAGCAUGUGGAUAUACACUGUUGAUGUUACGACGAGCAUGUGCCCGACCAUGACGUAUUGGCAUUGGUGCGCUAGGGUGGGUGUGGAGCGGCAGGUGUAGAGGAGGGUGCAGAAGGCGAGGGCGUGUGCGUCGCACUGGGACCGGUAGGAUUCUGUCACGGGGGCCGUCGACUGGGGGUCCGGGGUUCGAGCGAGGAAUUGGUAGAAGAGAACCUCGUUGUAGUAGUGAUAUCCGAGAUGCAGGGCGGCAAAGGCGUUACCUAGACCAAGCGCGUUGUACCGCUCGAGGUUCUCCGGGGUCUCUUGCAAAUCAGGCUGUAGAUUUGCCGACCAGUCAUGGAGUUCCUGAGCGAGUCCGUCGGCGGCAUCGGUGAGAGACUCGUAGUCAAUCAAACUGUUGACCGAGGCUUUGUUCAGAUUGUGGAUGCGCGCCCAGAUCCGAGCGAGAAUGACCAUUUCAGACCAUAGCCCUGGACGGUCCUCUGCUACUGUUGCGCCGCUUCGUAAGGAGAGGAAGAUAUCUUCGCUGGU